AUGCUCCUCCUGCUUUACAUCAACACCUUCUUAUUUCAGCCCCAUGCAAAGAAGUCGAUAGAUCUAAUCAUCAUCCAUUUAACUGUAGCUAAUUUUAUGACAGUUUCCUUGAGUGGGAUUCCAGAAAUUGUGUUUUUCUUUGGAAUUAGAAAUUUUAUGGGCGACUUUGGCUGUAAGGCAGUGACUUAUUCAUACCGGGUGUGUCGUGGUGUUUCCCUCUGUUGCACAUCUUUCCUGAGUCUGUUCCAAGCCAUCAAAAUUGCUCCCAGCAACUCCAGAUGGGCAUGGCUCAAACCCAGAAUCUCCUCAUUCAUUUUCCCUGCCUUCUUCUUUUUCUGGAUAAUAAAUCUGCUGAUCUACAUCCAGGUGCCACUAAGUAUUAGGGCCCCCUACAAUAUCACUAACCUCGGACGGGUCUAUAAUCUCAAGUACUGCAUAGGAGCACACCAUGACAAGCUGCAGUUAGCUACAAUUCAAGGGGCCAUGUUUGUUGGCGAUUUCCUGUGUGUGUUUCUCAUGAUCUGGGCCAGUGUGUACAUGGUCAGGCUCCUCUUCAUGCACCGAAAGACAGUGCAGCGUGUCCACAGCACCAGCCUCUGUCCACGACUCUCCCGUGAAACCAAGGCCACCCACACAAUCCUGGCCCUUGUGAGCUUUGUCUUUUUUCACUUGACCAGUAGUUGCUUUACCCUCUAUGUAUGUCACCUCCAUAAUAGACAGGGCUUAGAGAACAUCACACUGUUUAUAUCCUCUUGUUAUCCAGUCAUCUGUCCUUGCUUGAUGAUCAAAAACAAUACCAGAGAAUCCUUUCUAAAAUCUACCUUUGGGAAAAAAAACAAACAAAAAAAGGAAGUCUUCUCCUUAGAUCUUUCUUGAGCGUGUUGAACACCCUCACACAGAUUUCUGAAUAUAGGGACAUGUGAUGAAGACAGCCUGCCCCAUACCUAGUGUUAGUGAGGUAGAAUUCUGAUGACGUAUUAAGAGCUUUUACAUUGACCCUUCUCCAAUUUAUCCAACCUGUUAACAUUG